AUGUCUCACUUCUUAGACAGCAUUUCCACCAUCAUCAGUGUCUUUCACCAACAUGCAAAGGAAGAUGGAGACUGCUCCAACCUCAGCCGAUGGAAGAUGAAAGAACUAAUCCAGAAGGAGUUUGCAGAUGUCAUAGCUAAGCCUCGUGACCCUCAGAUGAUUGACAAGAUUCUGCAGUUUCUGGAGUGGGAUGGUGACGGGAAAAUAGAUUUUAAUGAGUUCCUGCUUUUGGUGUUCAAAGUGGCUAAGGCCUGCUACUGGUACCUGCCAAAGGGACCAUGGCUUCUGCAAAGAACAAAGCUGACAACCAGUGGCAAGUCACUCCAAGAGCCUGAAACUAAGAACAGAGGGAACCAUCGGCAGCUCCAGGAGGAGGAACGACAAAAUUAUGAGAGUUAUCAUCAUCCCGCCUGUGAACAUGAGCUGCAACGAGAAACCAGGGUCAAUGAGCUUGGAACAACAGACGAAACAGGGAGUCACCACCAGCAACGUAACACACCAAGCAGAAAUUAUGCAAAACGAAGAGGAGGGCCGGGGGACCCAGACCCUCAGGUAUACGAAGAACGAAGCCAAGAGCCAUGUGACCACCGGAACAGCCAGAGAAGACGUCAGCCACCGGAGCCAGACAGACAAAGAGAUGUACAGCUCUGCAAGCAUGGCAGCUUGCUAGCGCAUGAACCCAGAGUGCAGGAAGAUGAGAGGCAAAAUGAAGACAGGACGCAGCCAGAACAAAUGGCAGAUGUGAGGAGUCUCAGCCAGACCAGUGAAUCUCAACCACUGCCAAACCGGUGUAGUAGCCAUCACCAACAUGAGACAGCACUACCAGCAUAUGAUCAAAAAAACCAGUGGCCACAAAAAGCAGAUAGAGGAAGUCACAAUCAGCUACGUAAACCUGAAUUACUCACAGAAGAGAGAAACCGCUACAACCUACGUGAGCUGAAACAAAACUCACUUGAACACAGCAGCCACCAGCCACGUGAACCUGAAUGUCUAGACUCAAGACGCCCACAUCAGUCAUAUAUAAUGGAACAGCUAGAAGUUGACCUCCGGUACUAUGAGACCUGUGAGCCAAAAAGAAAUAUCUCUGAAAGAGGGAAAAACAAUAAACAUGACCUUCACUAUCCAGAAAAGGAUACAGACAUCAAUGAGGAUAAGAAGUGUGAAGAACAAGAUGAAGAAAGGAGAAAAGAGCCCAUGCACGAGAGGAGGGUCGAUCGCCAACGGGAGCUGGAGCUGGAGGUCUAUGAGCGCCGCAGCCGCCAGGCACGCGAAAGGGAAGAGCGAGCUGCCACCACCGACCAGAGAGAGAGACGCGAGAGACGUGACUGUCAGGAAGGCGAGCCCGAAGAUGACGGCAGGAGACACCGUGAGAGCCACCGUGAGUCGGUGAGAUACGAAAGGACACGCGAGACCGCCUUAGUGGAAGCAGAAGCUGACGUGAAGAUCCACCGUGUGUCCCGGGAACUGGAGGCCCGUGAGGAGGUGGCAAGGAGGGAUCGUCCCCGUGAGUGCGAAGCAGCAGAGGACGAGAGGAGGAUUUGCCGGGGAAGAGAGACUGAAGGUGAAGGACGGACACCCGAGAAGAGCCUCUAUCAAACUGUUGAUGUGGAUAACAGAGACCUUUGCCCUCCAGGAGAGCAGGCCUCUGUCUCUGAUAUGAGAGUCCGUUAUAUCCCUGCCAAUCCCGAUAUACGGCCAGAGGUGCAGAUUGUCUCUCAAUCCUGCGAUCCUCAGUCCAUUGCUUACUUGGUUCACGUGGUCAAGAAUUUGAACGAUCCUGAAGCUACGACCUAUGAGAUCAUCUGCCACCAGCCCCACAACCAGGAGCAGCCCAUCUAUGUUAAGAAAUGCUACGUGUCACCCCAGCCACCGGCACUCCCGUGUGAAUCAAGCAACCACCCAGAGCUACGAUCCCAAAGUGAUGAGCAAGAAACAGGGGAGCCCAGACUGCUGCGGCAAGGGAGCACACCAGCUUGUAACUCCCAGGAAAACACAGGGGAUCUCCAUGAGCUACAGGAGAGGCCUGAAACAGGGGUGAAGGAAGGUGCUCACCACAUUCCUGCCUCCGAUCCCAAUAGUGUUAAGGGUGACCGUUACCGGGCAAAGCCCAAGGAGGACAGGAGGCACAGCCAGCGCCCCAAGAUGCCUGACGUGGAAGAGAAGGAGGAAGAUGGAUCAAAAGCUGCCAGGGAGCAGGUCCCACAGGAUCCCGAAUCCAGCUGCCAGGUGAGGGAGCAUGAGGACAGGGAGGCCAAGAGCUGUCCACCUCUUCCGCAGGCUCUGGAACCACAGGAAGCUUGUGAGCCGGGCCGGCUAUCUGCCAAAGAGAGCUGUCCCCAACCAUCCCGGAGAGAUGAAGCCAGCCAUUGCCAUGAGGAUGCAGAGCUUCCCCCACCAGAGAAGAGCCACCAGCCACAGCAAGAGGAGUACAGCAAGAGGAGCCCCCAGCAAGGCAGCGAUGCCCAGCCUCAACGGGAGGAGGAACCACAUCUUUGCACCAAGCAGAGCCAGGGCCCCCCGGUCUUGCAGAAGGCCCCGAGCCAUCCUGCUAUGGACGAAGCCAAGACAUCUUAA